GAUCCAGAAGCGAAACGACGAAGCUCACGCUCUCGAGACGGCUUUGGAAUGCUUCGUGACCACCGCGCUGCGGCUGCGCGGCCGAAGCCUGGCGACGAUGCCCCCCGCGCCGAAGGUCAUCGCGAUGUAUUAUCCACAGUUCCACCAAGUGCCCGAGCUGGAGAAGUUCUUCGGAGAUGGCUACACGGACUGGAAGGCCUUGCAGGACUUCAAAGGUGACGGGCUCCGGAAGCCUCUCAGCGAGGAGCGCGGAGGACUGGGCUUCUACGACUUGAUGAAGCGGCAGGUGAGAGGCAAACAGGCGAACCUGGCGAAACAGCACGGGGUGCAUGGCUUCUCGUACUACCACUACUGGUUUGGUGGCGAGGGCGGCCACAACAAGAGCGUGAUGUGGAAGGUGCCCUACCAGGUUCUCCACGACGGGCAGCCGAAUUUGCCCUACUUCUUCACCUGGGCGAACGAGCCCUGGACCCGGAAGUUCUCCGGCCAGGCCGGUGAGGAUGUCCUCAUUCCGCAGACGCCCCUCGUCGCAAAGUGGGGGCUGGCGGCAUGCUGCUUUCUACCCACGUUGCAGCACUUUGUCGAGACUCUCAACAUCGACUUGAGGGGGCUCGGCAACCGGGCGCGGGAGAUGGUCAAGCGCCAGGUCACCAACCCCUCCAAGCGCAAGGGCUGGAUGCGGCGCCGGCUGCGCGAACUCCAUUUCGAGGAGGAGGAAGUCCCCGAGGAUUUGCAGCUUGUCGCUGCGACCCGAAACCGACCGAGCGGUGGAGUUCGGCGUGGACGGCAUGCUGAGGGGCAGAGGGCGGACGCGGCGCCGGCGGGUGCGCCCUUGCUGCGUGAAUCAGCAGUUUUGGCAAGUUUCUUCCGCGUGCAGAUGGAUCACCUUGCUCACGGGGUCGCCAAGCGAACUGGCGGCCCCUUAACGCGGGGUGACGUCAUCUGCAACUCCCAUCGGACGAAGCUCUCCAAGUAUGCGCUGGACGCGGCGCCGGCUGCGCGAACUCCAUUUAUCGAGGAGCAAACUGCCGAUUUCAUCACAUCCAUCCUCGCAUACUUCAGAAAAGGCAGACGUUCGGAUUAUGGCGAUAAUCCGUCCAACCGCCGACUUCAUCACAUCCAUCCUCGCAUAAUUCCAUCAGAACUGGCAGACAUUCGCGCAAAGAUUAUGGCGAUGAUCCAGAACGGUAGCUUCAAAACACUCUCCCUACCCCUGGACAAUCGCAGGCCGAUCAUCAACCGCACCCAAAUCAAAACGCGGUUCCAGAACACCGGGAUCUUUGAUCAGUGGAGCUCGCAUGCCGACGGCGCCGACCCCAUAGAGGCCGUCUUGGGCCACGAAGUCGCGGAGGAGGAAGCCAUCAGACGCGACAUCCAUGGCAACGACUGGAAGGUUGCGCUCACUCCGCAUGAGGGGCGAAGCAGGGACGCAAUGAUUGAAGCCGACUGGGGCAGCAACAAGUGCAAGGACCCAUUGCCCAAAGCUCUCCGAGACACAGCUCGGGAAGUGGCGGAAAAGAGCGGAACCGCGGCUGCAUCCCUCGUGGCAUAA